AUGGCUUCCGAAAGCGCUGCCUGGCCCCUGGCCGACGCUGCCCUCGAGCAGGAGCUCCUCGACAUGGUUCAGCAGUGCUCGCACUACCGCCAGCUGAAGAAGGGCGCCAACGAGGCCACCAAGUCUCUCAACCGUGGUGUCUCUGAGCUUAUCGUUCUCGCUGCCGAUACCACCCCUCUCGCCAUCCUGCUUCACUUGCCUCUUCUGUGCGAGGACAAGAACGUUCCCUACGUUUACGUCAAGAGCAAGAUCGCCCUGGGCCGUGCCUGCGGUGUCAGCCGUGCUGUUAUCGCCGCUAGCAUCACCAGCAACGAGGGCAGCGAGCUUGCCAACUCCAUCCGCACCCUUCGCGAGAAGGUUGAGCGCCUUGCUAUCUAA